AUGUUGAUAUUGCGCUGCAUUGUUGCAGUCCACCCGGCCAAACUCACCAUCCAGGCGAGAAUUUCUGAGGCCAAGACCGUGGAUAUGGAGUCUCUAUCCAAAGCUAACUUCAAAGCUGUUAUUGGCGUUCUACACUCUACACCCCGGAAGGAGGAACCUGACACCAAGUUGGCUCACAUUCGGAGGACGAUUACUCAUGUCGACAGGUUCCUUUCAGGCAACGAAAUCAACGAUUUCAUCAGAAGCCAGGAGGAGUCUGAAAUCGUCACUGAGUUUCGGCUUGCAAACCCUGACAAAGAAGCAGAGCUGGUAAAGCUCAGCCGUCAGCAGUACACUUUGGAGCACAUGCUAUCGCCACUUCAUCCAGAACCGUCCAAAGAAGGGGUGCAGACCCUUUGCCAGACAUUUGGGAUUGCUGAGUGGCCUGACCUCAGGCUAUAUCCUGAGCGCGAGGAUGUCCAGUCCCUCAAGUCACACCAAGUGGAAGUGUCCCAGAUGCUGUCAGCACCGUUCAACCGUCAACGCCACCAGGAAGAACUUUAUAACAUGGAAAUGGAGACUCAAGGCGAAUCGGAUAUCAGGUUCUACCCAUCCCUUAUUCUUACACUGGUCAAUUCAAUCUGUCAGACCUGGAAAGAGGGCCAUGAGAACUUCAAAAACCCCAAGAUCAUCGCCUACUACAGCACGCCCAGCAAUGGUCGCGUCGUUGUCAUCUCAACCUACCCAACAUGGUCCAGCCGCGCGGUUCUGAAGCGAGAGCGACUAUUUGUCUUCAAGGCUGGCAAAGUCCCCGAAUUGGUCAUGAAACAACGAACGAAGACUAGAUACAGUUCUGAAACACAGGAAGAGGAUGUCGAGGAUGUCGAGGAUAAGCUGGAGGAGGAGGCGACCAUCAAGAACUACACCACCAACGAGCUUAACAUGGACGAUAUCAAGUUUAUCGCCCGAAACGAAACCGAGGCGCUGAAAAGGCUGACGGCAAUCUCAUCAAAGUUUCCCCAGUUUGCCCAACUUGAGGAAGUUUUCAAGAAGUCCAACGGCAGCUAUCGCCUUUGGAUGAUUAACCCUAUCAUCUUCCGCACCACUGGUGAUACUCUUAACUGGGGACAAAUGCUGGCCAUCUUGUUGUGCAACCAAUUUCAAGAAGCUUCAAGUUCGCCGUACCAAGAGGACACCACGUUGAUGACGCGGUUCGAUUCGAUGGGACAGAUCCAAGCACAGAAGCUGUUCAAUCAGAAGAAGGAUCCCAAGAUUGAAGAUAUACAUAGAAGUGGCAACUCUCAGGCUAUCAAUGGUCAAGUCAAGGAUCCUUCUCCAGAGCUGAACUUUGGAGAGCACAGAAAAGGCGUCCUUACUUCAUUUGAUUGGCGUAACUACAAGAUCAUGUACCCAGAUAACCCGGUCAUAUUUGGGCAGGAAGAUGCUGUCAACAAGCGCAUCAAGGACUUAGGAGAUCCUAACACGGUGCGGACAAAUUCGCAGAUGGAACGAGAGAACAAGAAGCAGGCGGCGAGAUCGACACCGGUGUCAGGAGUCGAUGAGGUUGAAGAACUUCUUCGCAACGACAUCAAGGGUGGGCUCAGAUUUUUCUUUCAUCGGACAAACAGCGACGCAUCCUUUCUUCCACCAGGCGGCCCUAGCUCUUAUAUCCACUGGCUCUGCUACAUGGGUACUGGUGUUAACAUGCAUACCUGCUGUUACCGGGGCAUUCUUAUGCACUGGCUUAUGAAAGCCAAAGGCAUGCUUCAAACUAUUUAUUGCCUUAUCCGAAUCAACCACCCCAAGACUGUCGAGUUCCACCUGUUGAAGUUGAAGAACAGUUACUACGACAACAUCGAACGCAUUUGCGUCGCGAAAUUGAUGCGAUACGCGAGAUUUGUAUCAAGACAUCUUGGCAUCAGCCUUUCAACCGCUAUGCCUGGGUUGUUGAGCGAGAUGUCAGCGGGAUCGUGGACAGAGAACGUUGACUGGAUCGUCGAUGGCUGCCGCGAGCUCACGUGUACCUUUGAAUCUCCGGACGAGAUCGAGGCCCAGGAAUACGAGGAAUUAGAGCAGGCCGAGAUCAAGGCUUUCUUUUCUGAUGCAGCUAGGCCUGGGACGCCUGACAGGGGCAUGAGGCGCAAGCGAGCGGCGAUGGCCGCGACGAAGACAGAGGCAGAUGGAAAAUAA